AUGGAUAUAGAAAGCAUUAUCAUAGGCUUUAUCUUUUGUCUAACGACUUCCAUUGGGAUUGUUGGAAAUGUGAUUGUUCUGGCUGUUCUGGUCUGGAGUGCCUACCAGGACAAACUAUUAUCCUCUGAAGUAAUACUCUCUAACCUGGCACUAUCAAACCUUAUCUUCCUUCUGAGUGGGGGAAUUCCAACUGCAUUGUUUAAAUUCAGAAUCAAGUACCUGAACACAGAUGCUGAUUGCAAGGCUGAUAUUUAUAUGAUUAGGAUUUUCCGAACCAUGAUCAUCAACUUAACUUGUCUUCUGAGUUGUUUCCAGUAUGCAGUUAUCACAUCACCAUCUUCUAGGAUGUUCUGUUUAAAAGCUAAAAUGCAAAAAUAUUUUGUGUUAAUCAUGAUAUUUCUCUACAUCAUAAGUAUAUCAUCAAGUGUAUAUGGGGCUUUGUACCCUGUUGCUAAUGCUAAUACUAGCACUCUGAUGUAUGCAUUCGAUUUAGGAUACUGCUUUGUAAUCUAUCCAAAUGGUUUCAUAUUUCAGAUGACAGGCUUCAUGAAUUUUGCUCAAGAUCUAAUUUUUCUGACUCUCAUGGUGGUUACGAGCAUCUGCAUUUUAGUGAUUUUGUAUCGACAUGGGAAACAGAUGAAAAGCAUACGACAUUCUAAAGAAAACCAAGAGACUUCAGCUGAACAUCGAGCAUCUAAAGCAACUGUAACUUUAGUGCUUUUAUAUGAAAUUUUGUAUGGAAUAGAAUGUGCAGUUUGGUUUUAUCAGUUAUCAGCCUCAACAAAUCACCUGAUCUUAAAUGAUGUGCGGCAUUUUCUGUCCUUGGCGUUCCCAUCUUUUUUUCCAGAAAUUAUACUCUUUUUUAACCAAAAGCUGAGAAAGAGAUUGCAUUGCUGA